CCCUCCUUCGGACUCUUUCUAUUAGUUGGCAUCUUCCUUACCAGUAAUGUCGCUUUAUCCUCAACCAUUCUUGCCACAUAUCGAGUAAAUCAUCUGGCCUCCAGGUUUGGGUGGAUGGCGGCUGCGAACAUGGCUUUGUGUGUCUUCUUUGGAUUGAAGAACACACCACUGGCUCUUGUAACAGCCACUUCACACACUCAAAUCAAUACUCUUCAUCGAGUCGUGGGCUAUACAGCGGCAUUCUUAGUGCUUCUCCAUGCCAUCUUCUACACAAUCCACUUCGGUCGCGCGGGCCGCUGGGCAACUCUGAUUGAAGCAGACAACAUAGCAGGUGUCGGCUCUGGUGCUGCUAUGAUCAUCCUGCUAAUGGGCAUCUUCCGAGAUCGGGGCUAUGAGAUCUUUUACCUGAGCCAUAUCGCGGGCUUUCUGAUCGCAGCUGUCUUGACGGGACUCCACAGACCGGACUGGGCAAAAAAGCUUCCAGUUGUGAUGCUAUUCACUGCCUGUAUAUGGGCUUUGGAUCGUAUGAUUCGAGUGACGAGAAUGUCUUACAACCUUUUCAAUAACGAGGUCACAUUUCACCCACUUCCAGGCGGUGGAACAAGGUUGCUCUUAAAGAAGACAUUCUUUAAAGCCACCCUACCAGGAUCCCACUGCUUUUUAUGGAUUCCACAUAUUAACUUCUACCAGACCCAUCCAUUCACUAUCGUUAACAACGACCACUCUGGUUUGGAGCUUGUCAUCCAGUCUCAUGAGGGCUUUACCAAGGCUGUCAAUGAGUUUGCGAUCAAGCACCCUGGUCGUACUACUCGGGUUUCCUUUGAUGGGCCAUAUGGCUGUUUACCUGAGACGGCUGUUUAUGAUAAGUUGAUACUGGUUGCUGGAGGGAGCGGAGCUGCGUUCACUUUUGGUCUGAUGAAUCGCAUCUUGAAUCAUUCCGAACGAAUCACAAUCCAGUCCAUCGACUUUGUGUGGGCUGUGAAAUAUACAGAGCAAUUGAGCUGGUAUUCUGAACACUUACACAAUCUUACGAGGCUCGGGUCGAAUGUGAAUGUGACGCUAUACGUCACCAGCGAGGAUCUGCUUUCAAGUGCGACUAAUGCCGAGCAAUCAUUGACUGGCUCCGAAGAGAUUCACGGAGAAAUGGAAAGUGCACUCUCAACGAGAAGCAUCUCGAAUUAUGAAGAAAUCUCGGAGACUGGCAACGUCCAGGGGCUACUAAGUGAAGCUGCUUGCAAGGUCGUCGAGCGUGUUGCAAACGUCAGAUACAAGAAAAUGAGAACGGAAACCGUAAUCCGUGAAGGGAUGCAGGAGGUUGGGAGUCACCAGCGAGCACUUGUAGCGGCUUGCGGGCCGAAAUCGCUUAUGGAUGCCGUGAGAGAUUCGGGGGACAGCUGUCGGAGCAAACUUGGUCAUUGGGUGGACGUCCACUGUGAGGAUUUUAGCAGUUGA